AUGUCCAAGACAAUGAUGGGUUCCCGGCCCGUGACGGCGCCUCUUUUCAUGGCGGAGACGACUGAGCCAAGUGGCAUCAUGACAAUCAGAAACACGCAGCCAUACGAAGAGCAGAGGAGGAGGCUGCUAGAAAUUGUGGACAAACCAACCCUGACAGAAAUUGCUAGGGAGAAGAUGAUGCAGGCGAUGAUAGACGUGGUAAUGAGAGAAGGCUCUUCAGAAGAUGUUGUUCAGAUGAUCACUGCCCCAACACCGCUCCUUAUCUCGAUGCAAACACCAGAGCCUGCCGUUGUUUCUUUGGAACUUUCAGAUAUUUUGACAAUACAGAUCCGUACUGAUCUUUGUGUUGUUACCUACACUUUUUCGGGGACUACUUGGCAAGAUCCUGAGGAGAUGAUUUUGGUAUUUGAGAGUAAUUGGGUGCCUAUGCCGCUGAAUAACGAGGCGCAGCGGGCCAGUAUUUGGCGCGAUGUCCUAUUCAAUACGCUGCAUGCAGCACCGACUGCUUUUAUGAGGGAUGGAAGCUGA